AAAAAGCAAAAAGCCUGUCUUGGAAAAAGCUUCAUCCGUCUGCUUGGAGUCAGUGUGGAGUUUAACACCAACUUAUGGUGGCACCAUGGCUCAUAAUGAAACACAUCCCCUUUUGGAGAUACUAAAAUCAUUUAAUACUGGCGAUAUGAUUUUAGCCUUCUGUUUAUCUAUGCUUGUGGGCCUGCUGCUGGGUGCUCUGGUCUACGUUCUGUUGACGUGGGCAUCAAGGCGCCAGGCCACCGCCAAGAUCACCAGGCGCUCUAAGAAAAGAUCCAACACUUCAAACGCAAACAUGAGCAACCAGCUGGGCCUUUACAGGAGCACUUUUCUGAGCGUCUACAGACAGCCCUCUCUGGAGCCAGUGGGCCCUCUGGGGAGUAAGCCCGGCUUAGAGACUUCAACCUUUCGCCCUCUGCCCAAAAGGAGCAGGGCCGGCCUGGAGAUGGGAGAGGACACGCUGGUCACGACUGAGGACACAGCAGCUUCAAACUCAUCCGAAUCAGCAUCCCUCGUCCCAAAUAAGAGACAUUCCUUCUGGUUGGGGAACAAUGGACUUAAAGGAUUCCUCCCCUCACAGACUCCCCCCCCUGCAUACGACAGCGUCAUCCAUGCCUUUGAAGAGACAUGCACUUGAAUCUGUCCACUUAAAUACAAGAACUGGAAAAACACAACAUGCUGGGAUUACACAGGACUUUAUGGCUCUUUGUUAGACCAUUUCUGACACUUUUCAGUCUAAAGCAGCGUAUUCUUAACUGAAUAAGAUGCUUCCAUAGCCAUCAAGUCUCAGCUCAGUAUUAUAUUAUGAGAUCAGGGCUGCAUCUAACCAUUAUUGAUCACAGGGGGAGCUUGGUAUUGGGUGGCAUGCUUUUCAUUCUCUGUCAUAUUUCUUUGGCAUAAUUUAUGUUACAAUAUUCUCACCAAGAGGAAAUUAUGUGAUUUGCAGUUACAGUCAUGUUGUGCAUUUGUGCCAACUAAUAAAGUCACGACUUUAAUACUGUCCUUCAAAAAUAUAUAAAUCUGUCCAACUGCAAAAUUUUAAUGACAUUUACACAAACUAACCAAAGAACCAACUAAGCAAGGUUUCUCAGUGCCCAAGGGGAAUUCUUCAAAUAUCUAGAAAAUCCUAACACUGGAGUAAAUGUAGCAAGCAAAUGAUUGCAGCUCUAAUAUACUUGUUUGUGACCACAAUAGAACAUCUCAUGGCCCAUGAUAGAGUAAAGAGAAUCUGGGUUUGGAUUUUUCUCUGAUCGUGCGAAGAUGAGGGAAAUACUGUGUGCUAGAUAGUUCUGUUAUCUAAAAUCACAAUAAAGAUUUAAUGAUGAA